GGCAAGAAGAGCGAGAGGAGAUCCAAGCCGAAAGAGAGCAGCAGCAAACAGGGAGGGGCACCGCAAACGGCUCCAUUGAGCUUUCUCUUUGUCGUAAACGAGUUCGAAAUAUGUGAUGGCGAGGAUGGUCCCCUUUGCGACAGGUUUGGCAACCCUCUGCCACCAAAUACCAGCGCAAAUUAUGGCACCGAGAGCCCAGGCACUGUUUGGCGAUACGGGAAUGGGACCGUAAGCCAAGCAGAUGGCUAUCUCUGGAGACGACCUCAGCCAGGACAGCCAGGCAAUAUCGCCUAUGAGUACCAAAGUCUGGACGAGUAUGGUCAACAAACAUCGCUCGAUUACAACAUGGGAGUUCAUAGUACUCACAGCGUUUUCAACUGCUGGCGUUUCCUUCCAUGCAUCUACGCGGACGCUGACACGUCCAUCGUCGAAGACUUAGAAGUCGAGCAUAGAUGGAUGCAACUGGAGUUCGACCACGACUCUCGAGAACCCGGGAUGACUCGCAUCAGUGGUUCCGAAAGAUACGUCGCCGGCAGAAACCCAUCAUGGAUACCCAGUCUCCUGCCCGAGACAUACGCGCUGCCGCAGUCCCAGUCCAGCAGCUCGCCUCAAUCGAAGGGCCUCGGUGGUCCUCUUGGGAUCAUAAUCGGACUUAUGGCCUUCAACAGAAGACCUCGUCAUGCCGAUUAUGUGUUUCAACAGGGCUGGUGGAGGAACAAUCGUUGGACAGGUGGGCCUCGUUCCACUCAUGCGGAGCCAGACUCGAAAGGUCCGCCGCGGGGAGUACUGGUACAGAUCUGCUACGACGAGUACUCCAACCCGCAUGGUUCCAACUUUGAGACCCUCAAUGACUUUGAAGAAAACGGCAAAGCCAUCAUUGGGUAA